GGCGGAUAUCGGUUUUAUUCUUAACGUAAACCCGGAUCUAAAGACAGCCACCAGAGGGCGCUGCUGCGUCGUAGUUUUCGGUAGAAGAAGAACCCGAGCGGAAGUAAGGCGGUGUUUGUUGUGGUCGGACCUCGGCUCCACCGUAUCACAAAGAAGCAGGGUCCGGAUGGCCGACGAGGAGGACGACGCGGGCUACGAUGAGGAGGCGGAGGACGGCGGCGGCGGGCUGGAGGCGGGGGGCCACGGGAAGAGGAAGAGGCUGUUCUCUAAGGAGCUCCGCUGUAUGAUGUACGGCUUCGGGGACGACCAGAACCCCUACACGGAGUCCGUGGACAUCCUGGAGGACCUGGUGAUCGAGUUCGUCACGGAGAUGACCCACAAGGCCAUGUCCAUCGGCCGCCAGGGCCGCGUCCAGGUGGAGGAUAUCGUGUUCCUGAUCCGGAAGGAUCCCCGCAAGUUCGCCCGAGUGAAGGAUCUGCUGACUAUGAACGAGGAGCUGAAGCGGGCCCGCAAGGCCUUCGACGAGGCCAACUAUGGCUCCUGAGUUCUGGACCUCGGGCAUGCUGUGGUGUUCUGUGGCUGUUUUCGAACAUGACUUUUGGUUUGUCUGAUGCUUUUUGAUUAUUUUAUGUAUUAAAUUGAUGCCACGUUUUACACAUUACUUUAUGAAAGGCUAUUCAUGCUGGUUCCCUUUAGUUGAACAGUUUUGUAACAAUCCGUCAUUAGGCCUACAAUAAAAAUAAAAAAAAACACUA